AUGGCUUACAUUCCCCGCCUAUCAGAGAUCCUGUAUCAUGGUCUGUGUUGUAAGAUAGGGACACCAACAGUAGUGACUAUCAGAAGGGACGUGCUGGACAUGGAUGACAAGAUACAGGAAAAUACAUCUAAAAUUUCAAAAGAUGUAGAUUCCAAAAGAAUAAUGUUAAGCGGUAGUUAUAGAGAAGGAUUUAGGUUUAAUACAUCUGACAGAGAUUACAUGAUGUGGUUUUGUGAACGUCAUUUUUUGAUAAAUGACAUUUCUCAGUUGAGGGACUAUCCUUUAUCAAAUCUUGACAUUAUUCUCAUGGAUGUCACGGAUACACCACCUGGAUUUGUUAGACUACAGCUUCUUACACGUCCUGCAUACAUGAUUGAUUUCUUAACAUCAGCAUUCGUUCCUUUAAAUGAUCGAAUUUACAUAUCUAGCUUCUUUCUGAGGAAAGUUUUCGUUGAAAAGACGGGGAGAUACAAUAAAGCACUUGAUGUUUCUAAUCUGAUGAAACAAAGACUUUCAGAACACUUUAUUUUGUAUUACAACAAACCAGUAGACAGACACAGAUAUAGUGAAGAAAUAAGUAAUGCAUCUUUGUCUAGAAAAAUGAAAGCCACCUGGGUUAUUGAUAUUAAGUUUUAUCAUAGGAUACACUUUAUUGAAGAAUUAAUAUUAGAACAAGAAGAGACCAAAUUAAUAUCACUGUAUGCUGAAGGUGCACGUUAUCCAAUUUUUGUAUUGGUAGAAAUGCUUUCUGUUUUAUCAAAUUACCGCCUUGGUAAUAGAUCUCAGUAUCUACAGUCACUGACAGACCUUCACACACUGCUCCUUUACGAUGAUGGAAGAUAUGUACCACCAAUACACAGAGACAUAUCCUGGCAGAUACUAGGAAUCUGUCAGCAAGUUGUUGGAGACUUAGACGGGGCCUUACAAUCCUACCAAGAAUCGCUGAAACAGGAACCACGACACGAAAUACAGAGGGCAACACAUGCAAGAAUUUACAAUAUUCAACUAAGUAAAAAUCGACGAGUAUGA